AUGAUCCACACGCUCGUCCAGCGCUCGGCGUCGUCCGCCAGACGCCACGUCCACCGCGCCUUCUCCACAUCUGCCGCCGCCGCCGCCUCUCCCGAAGCCGGCAAGGACCGUCUUCUGCUCUUUGACACGACGCUGCGCGACGGCGAACAGUCGCCUGGCGCCACGCUCAACCUCAAGGAGAAGCUCGACAUUGCGCGCAGCUUGAGCGUCCUGGGCGUCGACGUGUGCGAGGCGGGCUUCCCGAUCUCGUCCCCAGGCGACUUUGACGCAGUCUCGGCCAUCGCCCAAGAGAUCGGUCCGCUCCUGACGAACCGCGCGACGGGCGAGCCCAUGGUCAUCUGCGGCCUGGCGCGCGCCAUGGAGAAGGACAUCCAGCGCUGCUUUGACGCCGUCAAGCACGCGCCCAAGCACCGGAUCCACACGUUCCUGGCCACGUCGGACAUCCACCUCCAGUACAAGCUCAAGAUCUCGCGCGACGAGUGCGUUCGGCGGGCCGUGGCGGCCAUUAAGUUUGCCAAGAGCUUGGCGCCGGACGUGGAGUUCUCGACCGAGGACGCGGGCCGCAGCGACCCCGACUUUCUGUGCGAGUUCCUGGCCGAGGUGAUCAAAGCAGGCGCGACGACCGUCAACAUUCCGGAUACCGUGGGGUACACGGUACCUGGCGAGUACGGUUCGCUCUUCCGCUACUUGAUUGAGAACACCGAGGGCAGCAACGCGGCCGUGUUCUCGGCCCAUUGCCACAAUGACUUGGGGCUGGCCACGGCCAACACGCUGGCGGCGGUGCAGGGCGGAGCGCGACAGGUGGAGGUCACGAUCAAUGGCAUUGGCGAGCGCGCUGGCAACACGGCGCUGGAAGAGCUCGUGAUGGUGCUGAAGACGCGACCGCAGCACUUUCCUGUGUACACGUGCGUCGAUUCGACGCAGAUCACGCGCUGUAGCCGCAUGGUGAGUCACUACACGGGCAUGUCCAUCCAGCCGAACAAGGCUAUUGUAGGGGCCAACGCGUUCGCGCACGAGUCGGGGAUCCAUCAGGAUGGCGUGCUGAAGCACCAGGCGACGUACGAGAUCAUGCUACCCGAGUCGGUCGGGCUGAGCGAGAACAAGAUGGUGCUGGGGAAGCAUUCAGGACGCCACGCGUACAGCAAGCGGCUUCAGCAACUUGGGUACACCGAUCUGACCUCGGAAGAGCUUGACUACUAUGUGGAGAAGUUUAAAAUCCUGGCUGAUGAGAAGAAGACGGUGACGGACGCCGACAUGGAAGCGAUUGUCUCGGACGAGCUGUUCAAGCCAGAGGUCUUUUGGACGCUCCAGUCCGUCCACGUCACUGCUGGUAACCUUGUGAAGCCCACUGCCACCGUCACCCUUGCGUACAAGGAUGGCCAGGAAGUGAGCGAGGCUGCUAUGGGUACUGGGCCCAUUGACGCCGUUUACGUCGCCAUCAAGCGCGCAACAGGCAUGGACAACAUCAAGCUGAACGACUUCUCUGUUGAGAGUGUGACAGACGGCACAUACGCUCUGGGCGAAGUGACUGUGCGGGUCCAGGAGGACAAGAAGGAGCAGGAGAAGACGGAAGACGAGAAGCACGUGAAUGCGCAGACGGGUGUGGAGCGCCAACGCCAAUUUGUCGGCCACGGUGCUAACACCGAUAUCCUGGUCGCUUCGGCCACAGCUUAUGUCAACGCAGUAAACCGCAUGCUGGCUUCACACAUACGUGGGUCAGCCGUGGAUUCGUUGGAUGCUUCAACUUAG